AUGUUAGCGUUGGCGCGAGAACAACUACAAAUGGAGGUGGAGCGGCGAAAUCAGGCAGAGCAACGGGUGCAAGAAGCGGAAGAAGCUGCCGCAGAGGCACAGAGGCACUGCGGGGUUGCUGUUUCAGAUCUUCACCGUGACGUUGAGGCCGAGAAGGAUGCAAUGGAGGCAAAACUGCAGCAUCUACAACGGGAGCUCAUUGCACGCCGCGCGGAGGCUGUGUGUGUGCGUCAAGAGAGUAUUGCUCUAGAUGCCAACGUCACAAAGAUGGAAUUUCUGCUCGAACAUGGCUAUGAGCGCGCUGCAGCGGAGCAGCAUUAUACACUGUUGCUUACAAGAGAGGCGGCAGCACGCGCGGCACAGGAUGAACUGAUUGCGCUUCUUGAGGACGUGACUCGUGAGCAUGAACUUGCCAAAUGUCGUGAGUGCCUGUCCGCACCCAUGUCGCUGCUUGAGACAGUACAUGCCGAAGGGAACUACCGUGACAAGUACGAGUACCUCUCCGAUGUUGUUGGCCAUCUUUUUCGCUCUGUUCAGGGGCUUGUGAUGUAUGCGGAAGGCUCACUCAACAGCCUGGAGUCUCUGCGGCAUGGCCUCUGUGGUGUUUGGGGACGUCACGGUAAUGAGAGCGAUGCCGGCGGACAAAAAACAGUAAACCCGCCCUUGCCAAACCCAACACUCGCGACAGGGCCUUUUCCCUCAUCCCUCCCAUCCUCCACCGUUUCUGCAGCCGCCAAUUCACCCAUGCGGCAACCACAAGAACAACAACGAUUGGCGAUCUUUGAGGAAGAGCGAACCCGACUGGAGAUGCUGGCAGCACAAUUAAAAUAUGCACAGCGUCAUUGCUGUGAGGUCGUUGAAGGCCUUGGAAAGGGAAAAGAGGAGCUGCAGCGACAGUGCACUGCCCAUCAGCAGCAAUUGGAACAUCUCCAACAGGUAUCUCUCAGAAACAAUACGCAAGAGUUGAGUAGAGCUCUGAAAGCCAAUGAAAAGGCAUUAGUGCAACUCCGGGAAGAUCUGCAGCAGUCCUUUGCAACAGAACGUGCUCAAGCACGGGAGCGAGAGAGGGAAUUAGAGCAGCGAUGUGUCCAUCAGUCUUCCGAAGUGCGGCAGGUGACUGAAAUGUUAGCGUUGGCGCGAGAACAACUACAAAUGGAGGUGGAGCGGCGAAAUCAGGCAGAGCAACGGGUGCAAGAAGCGGAAGAAGCUGCCGCAGAGGCACAGAGGCACUGCGGGGUUGCUGUUUCAGAUCUUCACCGUGACGUUGAGGCCGAGAAGGAUGCAAUGGAGGCAAAACUGCAACAUCUACAACGGGAGCUCAUUGCACGCCGCGCGGAGGCUGUGUGUGUGCGUCAAGAGAGUAUUGCUCUAGAUGCCAACGUCACAAAGAUGGAAUUUCUGCUCGAACAUGGCUAUGAGCGCGCUGCAGCGGAGCAGCAUUAUACACUGUUGCUCACAAGAGAGGCGGCCCGGCACGCGCAGAUUCAAAUUGCUACUGAGCAGAGGGCGCUGCGAGAACGUGAGGCAACUGCACAGCAGUGUUACGAGGACCUUUGUUCUCUGCUGGAGUGCAUGCGCGAAGAUGAGUUCAAGGCGGAGGCGCAGCAACGCGAGGAGGAGGCUGACACUGAGGCACGUCGACGCAUUGUUUCCGUUGAAACGCAUACCGGCAUUAUUCCUAAAAAAAAGAAGAAUGACGAGUGUGGCACCGUUGAAGAAGUAGAUGAUGGUAAUGAUGAUGAGGCCGGCGGAAAGACGCAGGUGUUACUUCACCGUUACGGCACGCCAACGACCCUUACGGGCGUUGUGACAUGUCUUCAAAAUGCCUACGAGGCGGUGCGGCGUCAUCAGCGAUACAUGCAGAGCACCGUUGACGUUGCUAAGGAGCGUGUGCGGCAGUUGCAACAGGAGGUUGCCACUUUGCGCCCGCGACUGGAGCAGCUGAUGGCGGAGUACGAGAAGCAGCAGGUGAAUUUUAAGCGGAUUUGGAAUGAGCAAACGAUGUGGGAGCGGCAAGAGACCCUGAAGGGACUGCUUGCAAAGCAAGAGGCCCUUUUAGCGACGGUGAAUGUAGAGCGCGAGGCACUGCAGGUGCGGUGGUCAACACUCAGCGAGGAAUAUCGGGCUCUCGAGCGACGUAACUCGCAGCUGCAUGAGCGAUGUGCAGUGAAGGAGGCGGAGAACGCACGACUGCUGGGAUUUUUGAGGGCCAAGCAGAUAACAUCUCCAUCCUCUUUCUCACCAUCAUCGUCAGCACCGCAGCAGCCGACAUCAACAUCAUCACGAUCGCCAGGUGUUGUGUGUGAAUCACCAGCGGAGGCAACGACGAACGCGAAGGAAACCGCGGUGGGAAACUCACCGGAAACACGGCGGACAGAAACUUCCACAGUGCCUAGACACCCUGUGUCACGGGGGUCGUCGAGUGUCGCCGGUCUUAGCGGACAGGCGCGUACCUCAUGCAGCAGCUUUCUCGAUGAGGAAGCCGCUGUCAGUAAUAGUGCUGUUGGAGUGGUGCUGCCUCUAGGACAGCACCCACAUGAUCGCGGUGUGUGGCGCACGGCAUGCCGUCUUGGACGAAGUGCUCGUACGACUGCAGCUGCCACCGCAACGACGGCUGAGGAGGAACCAUGUAAACCGAACUGA